CGCCGCUCCCGCUGGAACUGCAGGCGUCGGAGCACACAGAGCCAGGAGGGGGAGGGACGGAGGGCGGCCGCUUAUAUAACCGGGAAGCGGCCGGAGCGGCGUCAGGGGCUGGGAGAGAGCGAUAGCUGCCAUGUCCUUCUGCGUCUUUAGAGGAGGCGAGAUCUAUCAGGACCACUUCGAACCCGGUAUAUACGCUUGCUCCAAAUGUGGCUACGAGCUGUUCUCGAGCAGGUCCAAGUAUGCUCACUCAUCUCCAUGGCCGGCUUUCACUGAAACUAUCCAUGAUGAUAGCAUCUCCAAGUACUUAGAACGGCCGGGAGCCUUCAAGGUCUCAUGUGGCAAGUGCGGCAACGGUCUGGGCCACGAGUUCAUCAACGACGGCCCAAAAAGGGGUCAAUCUCGCUUCUGAAUAUUUAGCAGCUCUCUCAAGUUCAUCCCUAAAGACAAGAAGGACAAGGACCUGAGGGAGUAAAUAGGCUGGAACACCCAGCUAAUCAAAUCCUGCUUCUAGCUGUCCAAUCCAACUCCACACCAACCAUCUAGGAGCUGUUGAGCGCAACCCUUCUCUGUCGGCUGGGAAUCUUUUUCCUUUGGACUGGCAGGAUGGACACUGGCAAAUUCGGAGAGAGAAAUGAAGACUCUUUUCUUUUGGCUUUCAUUUCCAAUUGAUACCCUCUGCAUUUGCUACCUCCUGCUUUGAGGUCUUCCAUUUCAACCUGUAUCUUGGUUCGGGUCUAGUUUAGAAUGUUCUUCCCAUCACCCAGAUGCUUUUCUCCUCCUCCUCCUCUUCUUUUUGCUCAGGUGUGACCACCUUGCACCUGUGUCCCCCUACCAAAGUCUGGGUUUUUCCUCCAUUCAAAGCAGAGUGCUUGUCUGGCUCUGGAGUGAGUUGCCCCAGAAGAUGGCAUGAUUUUGAGCUGGACUCAUAUCAAUCCAGAUUCACUCUGCCCAAACUAGCGUUGGAUCCAAGGUGCAUUUCAGAUGCUCCAAACCCCAGGGUAGCUAUGACCCUGCUAAAAAAAACCAACCAUUUUGAGAUGGGAGUAAAGAGUGGUGAUAGAAGCCUCCACUUCCCCCAAGCAGCCUGCUGGCAAGUUCUGUUGCCACAGCUGCUGUUUUGACUUCACUGCAGGGGCUUCUAGAAGCCCAGGUUUGGCUUACUGGCCUCCAGUUCCUAACCCCUCCUACAGGCUGUUGUAAAUGUUAAGUUGUAACAGCUCAUAGCCAGGGCUCCGAAGGGCCUUACAAAGCCCUAUUUGGCUUAGCUGCGACUUUACCUGCCUCACACCUGACGUGGUAUAUGGCGCCAAGUGUUGGGCAAGUAAGCAUCUUUUGGCCAAACUGACUGGUGGAGGAAAUGGGGAGGCCUGAGCUUACCCACCCUUAAUGUAAACAGUUAUCCAACAGCCCAGGAUCUUUUGAAACAGCAACGACAGUUCAGUAGCUGUGUUCUCCGGUAUGACAGCCUUCUUCAACCUUGGGUCCUCAGCUGCUGCAGCACUACAACUCCCAUCAUUGAUCAUUUGUUAAGGUGGUUGGAGAUGAUGGGAGUUGUAGUCCAACACUACCUCAGAAUCCAAGGUUGGAGAAUUUGGACCUAGGACAUGGUCUCCUGGAGCAAACCUUUCAGCAUCACAAUUUUGCUUUGUUUAUACCCCAUGGAACUGCUAGGGUUGCUUCCGUGAUUGGGUCACUGUGACCACAUCCUCAGAAAUGUCCUCACACUGUCAUGUGCCCCAGGUUUCUUUUGUCCAUUCUUGCCCUUCCCUUGGAUCAAACUCUACCAUUUCCUGGCCUCUUCAGAAGUAAGUCUUUGUUGCAUCUGAAACCAUAGUCUAGCUUUGGGUUGUGCCCUGCCCCACAUUGCUUUGGGGCAUUUUCUGGCGUGGUGUCAUUGUAUGAAUUGCCCCAUGUAAACCCGUCUUGGAGAGCAGGGGUGAGGACGGUUUUAUCUGAGCUACCCAGAAAAUGCCCCAGGUAAUUCGUAUUGGAUUCCCAAUAUUUCCUCCCCUUGUGCUUUUAAUGCUGCCAUUAAACUCAACCACCCACCCGAGUUAUUUUCAUGGCCACAAAAGUUUCGCCUGCUAAAUUUACCUCUUUGCAGUCACUGUUAAAGCAGGUGAGGGGAAUGUGGUCCUCAAGAUUUGCUGGGAAUCAUCCCCAGCCAGCAUGGCCAGUGGUCAGGGAAAAUGAGAGCAACAUUGGGAGGGCCACAGUGUUCCCACCCCUGUGCUAAAGGCACAAGAGCUCUCUCAGGAAAUGGAAGCUGGCAACCUAGUUAUCAUCUAAUUUUUGCAUAUACUGUAAUAGAAGUGAUUCUCUCUCUAGCAGAGAAAUAGAUCAAUUGAGCAUCAUUCUGACACAAGUUUGCAUCUUUGCUGUUGCGCUAAGAUUUUGUAUGUUUGUUAUUUAAGCUAAGGCCAGAGAAGGGCUAAGGAGUCAUAUUUCCGAGUGCUUCAUUUUUGAAGAGAUGGAUGGAUUUGUCCAAAUUUUUGGUGGUGCCAUCUAAAUGCAAGAGGUAAUCUGUAGUCCCUGAAUUGCAUUUCAGGUGAGACCUAGGAACCUCCAGUUUGGAAAUACGAAGCUAAUAUGUUCCUUGCUCUUUUGAAGCCCUUGUUUGUUGUAAACAUACAAACAAUUUUAUGCCUUGACACCUGAAUUUCUCUGGGUCCCUCCAGAAGUCAGAAUGAAGCCCCUUGCCUAACACUGCAUAUCACUCAGGCUUUAGAAACAAACAUUAGAAACCGAGAUUACCUCUCAGUGCUCAAAGGGCUAAUGCAUAAGAUUCAUCUGAAUCAGCACAUUUUCUUCUUCCUCUUUGCCUUGUAUCACAACAAGAAGCUUCCUUCCUGCGCUGGGAAGGAGGCCUUUCAAAACUUGCACCUCUUUGAUUGGCUAUUCAGCUGGAAACAGAAACUAUGAAUGUCCAUCCAAGGCAAGAAUGGGGGACCUGUGGCCCUCCUGAAGCUGCUGGGCUCCAGCUCCCAUCAUCCCCAGGCAGCAUGGCGAAUGGUCAGCGAUGGUAGAAGCUGAACUUCAGCAGUAUCUGGAGGGCCACUCCUUCCUCACCCCUGACUUCAGACCACUUCUACAGACUUAGGUUAGAGGCGGACAAAAAGUAUUU